GGAAGCAACUGCUUGUUCUACUUUCACAUAGCACAGAUCCACAGUAGGAGUAUGUAGGAUGUGUAGCCUGACAUAACUUAUGUAAGUAUGUCAAAGUUGUCAACGAAAGAGCAAAGUGGCUGUCGAAAACUGUUAAGAUUAUUACCUCUGGACGACUUGUUCGCCCUUAAAGACACAGUAACGAAUCGACUGAUCGCCGUAGAGAGCACGCAAGAGGCCAUUGAGGCCAUCAUAACGUACUCACAAGAUGCUGAGGAGCUCCUCAAGAGAAAGAAGGUACACCGGGAUGUCAUUUUUAAGUAUCUUGCCAAUGAAGGAGUUGCCAUGCCCCCUAAUAGUGAGAAACAACAGCUGAUCAGGAGGACCCUUGAGUACUGGUCGUUUGGUGAGAUCUCAAGGCGUGAGAAGUACACAGUUGUUUCGAAUGAUGUUGGAGAUGGUCUGUCAGACCUUCCAGCUUUGGGAAAACAGUUCUGCCAGUGGUUCUUCACCCUUCUGAACUCGCAAAACCCCAUUCAAGGGCAGCCGGCUCAAGACUGGGGUCCUCAGCAUUUCUGGCCGGAUGUGAGACUUAGGCUUCUCUUACGUACUGGAGAUCAGCGUUCAGAUGAGUUCAACGGAGCAGAGAUGGUCAGUCAGCGGCUUCAUGCUUUUGCAGGACAAGAGCGUCUGUUGUUCUGCCCGAACUUGGAGGGUCAGGGGUUAAAGUGUAUAUCUUCAGCCCACGGACUGGUGUUAGUGGCCAUAGCUGGGACCAUCCACCGUGACAAUGCCUGCCUUGGGAUUUUCGAGAAAGUGUUUGGGCUCAUUCGCUCACCAGUGGACGAUAAUCGCUGGAAAAUAAAGCAUGUGAAUAUAAAAGUGGAAGCACAAGGUGCCAUCACAGACAGACAGUUACCAGUUAUUACAUAUGACUCUAAAGAUUUGCUGAGCCUUUGCGAUUGAGAGUCAAAGAAAGGUUGACUUGGCAGUGAAGAGAUGCACUGUGUUAACGUGGAAACAGCUUUACUGUGGGAUAGAUAUUCAUCUGUAAAGGAUCUUUGUUUGUUUGUUUUUUUUUUUUUUUUUGUUUUUUGUUUUUUUUGACUUGGAGAGUUUCCUGUCAGUUUGAAUCCUAGCAAAAUAUUUUAGAUUUAUCAUUAUUAAUAUUUUAUAUAAAAAUCUAAAUUAAUGUUUAUUAAGAUGGAUUAAAAAACUUAGUUAUAUUUAUGAAGUAAUUUUAUGAAAAUUGGCCUAACAACAGAAUUUUAAUUUGUCCUUCAAAUUACUCCAAAAUAGAAAAAAAAAAGUAAAAACAUGUAUACAAAUUUGGGCUUUUUAGUCAUUUUAGUUUAUAUGUGAAACAGACAAAACCACAUUACCACUUUAAAGUCUUGAUUUAUUUUUGUUUACCUAAAUCUAAAUGGAUUUUUUUUUUAAUUCACUUUUUUUUUAUUCUGUUUUUUAUAUAUAUAAUAUUAUUUUGAAUAUUAUUUUUUACUUUUGGUAUUUUGGGUAGGCUAGAAUUCAAACUCUGGAAAAUUAAAGUCAUCUUUAGCUCCAUAAUAUUUUAAGAUCAUCCCUAAAAUACCUAUAAUAUGUUGAUUCCUUCUGAUUAUUUGUAAGUACUUUUAUCAAUUCUUGGAUGAUUUACCAGUAAAAUAUCUGUUCAGAACAUC